AUGACACAGGGAUUAAAAAACGACUCUGGUCAAAGGUACUACGGGAAGUCACUGCCCUUUGGCAACGUUUCCUUCGACAUCCCUCAAGUGGGCCUGCUGACGGUGGAGCAGGCCCUUGCUGACUACGCCAUCAUGAUCACAAAGCUGAAGCAGCAGCUGGCAGCUGUGGCCUGUCCUGUCAUUGUGUUUGGUGGAAGGCACAGACCCACCUCACUGACCCCGGUGAACAUCCAGGGUGUGGACAUCGAGAUCGUGGACUCUUCCAAUUAUGGAGGAAUGUUGUCUGCCUAUAUGAGACUCCGAUAUCCCAACAUUGUAGCUGGAGCUCUGGCAGCCAGCGCCCCCAUCCUGUCCACUGCUGGGCUCGGAGACUCGAGACAGUUCUUCCAAGAUGUUACAGCCGACUUUGAGAAGUUUGCGCCUGAAUGUAGAGAUGCUGUGAGAGGAGCUUUCAAUCGGCUGAAAGAACUAGCUGAUCACAAAGAUUACAGACGCAUCCAGGCAGGAUUUUCCCUGUGUCAGCCUCUAUCGUGUGAGCGGGACGUGCACCAGCUCUACGGCCUGCUGAGGAACGCCUUCACCCUCAUGGCCAUGCUGGACUACCCUUACAGCACGCAGUUCAUGGGCAACAUGCCCGCUAACCCCGUCAAGGUGGCCUGUGGGACCAUGCUGAGGGGUCCGGACCUGCUGGCUAACCUCAGGGACACUGCAGGGAUUGUCUACAACUCUACGGGGGUACUAACCUGCUUGGACCUGUACGGCCUGUAUGUGGAGUGUGCCGAUCCCACCGGAUGUGGACUGGGCUUCAACAGUCAGGCCUGGGACUACCAGGCCUGUACAGAGAUCGAGCUGUGCUACGAGAGCAACAACGUGACGGACAUGUUCCCCCCCAUGCCCUUCACCGAGGCACACCGGGAGGCUUACUGCUCCAAGCGCUGGGCUGUGAGUCCACGGCCAGGUUGGCUCAGGGUCCAGUUCUGGGGUGAAGCUCUUUCUGCAGCCAGCAACAUCAUUUUCUCCAACGGAGACCUGGACCCAUGGGCCAAUGGAGGGGUCCGUAGGUCCUUCAGCUCCUCUCUGAUCGCGCUCAACAUUUCUGGAGGGGCCCAUCAUCUGGACCUGAGAGGAUCCAAUGAGGCUGACCCAGAAUCAGUCAUUAGUGUCAGGAAGAAGGAAGCAGAGAUCAUUGCCCAGUGGGUGGAGAUGGAGAGGUCCAGAUCACUAAAGACACUUUAAGAUCAAAUGACCACGCACCUCUGGACAGAUAUUGGUGCUUUAUGAUUUUAUAGAACACCUCAUUAUUAUUCAGAUAGAAAUAAAGAACUGAUCCAGGAUCAGAUCACAGAAACCCAGUGAAGAGUUGUCCUAAAUACGAUCAACCCCUCAGUGGAGCAGAGUCAGAAAGGUGCUUUGA